AAUGCGUAGCGAGUAAGUACAGAGAGUUUGCGCAGUGUGAUGUUGAUAUUGUAUUCAUCCGGGUAUUCUAAAAUCCCGGAACUACUAUUAAUAGUAUUUUGAAACAAUGAUACCACAGAGUAACUCUGUGAUGAUACCACGGUAGCUGAUUGACAUCAGCAAUGUUGUCAUAUUUGACCGAUCUGUGGUGUUGUGUUAUUGAACACGCUUCCAGUCCACAACAAUAAACAAUAGAAACAAAGAUAUUGGUAACUGAAAGAUGAUCGUUUGAUAUUUAUAGAUUUUUGACCUCCAUAGAGAAACUGAAGUCUGAAGUGAAAAGAAAAUCGGGACAAGAAUUUAAGAAAACACUGACGACAGAUGAGAUUGGGGAUACGUUUUCACCCAAACUAAUCACCAAAUGAAUACAGAUUAAAAUUACAAAGAAUACAGCCUCAUUAUUUCAAUUUUCGACUGAGUUGAAUUAUCAUGGAUAAAGAUAACCAGCUUCAUUUUGAGGCAGCUAAUCAUGGUGAUGUCAUGUUGGCUGGAUUACGACACUUGCGUGAUAAAUGUCAAUUAUUUGACAUGAUUCUAACAGUUGGUGAGGAAGAUUUACCGGUACAUCGUGUAGUUUUAGCUUCUUGUAGUGAAUAUUUCAGGGCAAUGUUUACUGAUGGUUUAAAAGAAUCUAAACAAGAAUGUAUUAUACUGAAUGGUGUGACAGCUACUGGAAUGAGGAAUCUUAUUGACUUUGCCUACACUUCUAAAAUCAACAUAGAUACUGAGAAUGUUUAUGAUGUAUUGGGAGCUGCCAAUCAUGUACAGAUAUUACCAGUUCUAACAGCAUGUGAAGAUUUUCUCAAACAACAUUUAGAUCUAAAUAAUUGUAUUGAUGUCAUGAAUGUUGCAGAACUUUAUUCAUUACAACCAUUAUACCAAGUAGCUCAACAGUAUAUCAGCAAAAAUUGGUCUACAUUUGCUCUAUCAAACGAUUUUCUUAAACUCAGUGUUCAAGAACUAAGCAUUUUAUUAUCCUCUCAUUUUCCCGUUGAUUGUUCAGAAUAUCUGAUUCUUUCAUCAGUAUUAGACUGGCUAGAAUAUAAUUUUAUUGAGAGAAUAGAAUUUGUGCCAGAAUUGUUAGGAGAAGUAAUGUUUGAAUGUAUAAGUGGGUCCGAGAUGGAAGUUAUAUGUGCAAAUUCUAUAUGGACAAAUUUGUUGACACACGUUCCCGAAGUUCAAGACUUUUUAAAAAGAGUGGGGCAGAAUCCUGUUUCUAAGGACUGGUUAGCUUCAUCAGGAAUAUGCAAUUUACGUGGAUUCCAGCACUCGUUAAUAGUAGCAGGUGGUUUUACUAACGAAGGUGGUCUCACUAAUUCUGUCUGGUAUCUUGAUACAACUACUGGCCAACUGCGUCAUCUGACAAAAAUUCCCCAUGUUGAUCAGUGUAAUUUUGGUAUGGGUGUACUCAAUAAUAAACUUUAUGCUGUUGGUGGUUGUUUCAAUGAUCAAAUGCAAGAAUUGAUACACCCAUUUUGUUUCUGUUAUGAUGCUCAAAGUGAUGCUUGGGAAAGUAUUGCUCCCAUGUCUCAAGAAAGAUGUAAUUUUUAUCUCGGUGUGCUUGAAGGAAGAUUUUUUGCUAUUGGAGGAGAUCCACAGGCAUCAUUGGGUGUAGCAGACACAGCACCAUGUGAAUCAUUUGAUCCAGACACAAAUACUUGGGUUGAUAUCGAACCAAUGCCUGGUAACCGUAUGCAGCAUAGCGGUACUUCACAUGGCAGACGGCUUUAUGUUUCAGGGGGACUACAGGAACAAGAUGGUGAUGUUUUUGAUGAUUUAUUGUGGUUUGACUUGAAUACAAAUUCCUGGUAUAGAGGAGCCUCCAUGAGAACUCCAAGAGCAGAUCACUCCAUGUUUGUGUUCAAUGAAAAAAUUUACAUAUCAGGCGGUUGGUUUUAUGAUACCCAUACACAACAAAGAGUCAUUGCUUCAACAAUAGAUUGUUAUGAUAUUGAAACAGAUUGUUGGGAAACUGUUGCAACAUUAAAUGAAUGCCGUUUAUUUGCUACAUACACAAUGUAUAAUGGAUGUAUUUAUGUGGUGGGUGGUUGGAGGGGUGGUAACUAUCGUAGAAAAUGUAAUACUAUUGAUGUGUUUGAUUUAACACGUGGAGAAUGGAUUGAUAAAAAACAUCAACGUCUUCAAGUAUGGGAACAUUCUAGCUGUACAAUGUAUUUACCUAGAUUUAUAAUAUGACACAUGGUCAUAUGGAAUCAUGGUACAAUAUCAAAUGUGUUUAGUGGCCAUCUCGUAGGGACUAUGUUACCAACUUCACCACAUCUCUGACAUCUGACAGUAAAUAAAUCCAAUGUAUUCUAUCACACAAUGCUCACAAUUGUUUCAAUUAUAUAUAAUCAGUACAGAUUUUAUGCGGUCAUUCUUUGUUAUGCUGGAUUUUUAUGCUAUAUAAUUAGGGUACAUUCAUAUACUUUACCACAGCAUCUAAUGUUUUUAUACGCCCACAUUUUCAUGUGGAUGUAUAUUGUCGUCGCCCCUGUCUGUCCGGACGUCCGUCCACAAUUGGUUUGUGGACACUUUACAGUUCUCAAUUUUUAAGGGAUUUCGACGAAAAUAUAGGUCUAUCUCCCAAAGAUCUCUGUUCCUUUCGAAAUUGGCAUCUAUCUGACGAACCAUAGCUUCGCGUUGUUAGCUUGUGGAUACUCUAGAGGUCACAAUUUUCAUCCGAUUUUGAUGAAACUUGAAAUGCAUGUUUAUAACCUAAAGAUCUUGGUUCCUUUUGAUAUUCGAACAUAUGGGAUCAUAAUUUCCUGAAUUAUGGCCCCUGAUUGUACGAAAAAUCACGUUUUAAGCUCGUGGUACCUUAGAGAUCGCAAUUUUUAUCCAAACGUUAGGAUAUAUCUCCGUUACGCCAUAAGGCUGGCUGAAUUUGAAUUUUGUGAAAAUUGGACCAAAACUGCCGUUCAAAAUGGCCUCCCCUCGUACGCAAAUUACUGUAAAAAUAUGGUAUAUCAAGGUUGUGGACCCUCUACAGGUCACAAUUUUUAUCUGAUUUUGUUGAAACUUGAAAUGUAUCUUUAUAACCCAAAGAUCUUGGUUCGUUUCCAUAUUCGUACAUUUUGGAUCAUAAACCAAAAUGUUGAUUGAGUUCGAAUUUUGUGAAAAUCUGACUCAAACUGCCAGACAAAAUAGCCGCCCUUCGUACACAAAUAGUGUAAAAAUUUAGUACAUUAAGGUUGUGGAACCACUAGAGGUCAUAUCACAAAGAUCUUGGUACUUUUCGAUAAUCGCGCAUAUCUCAAAGUAACUUCCUGGAUUAUGCCAUUUUUAGCUUGUGGACCCGCAAGAAGUCACAUCUUUUAUCCGAUUUUAAAAAUCGUUUAAAUAUAUCACCGUUCCACCAUAAUGAAGGUUGAGUUCGAAUUUCGUGAAAAUCGAAACAACAAUCCGACAAAAUGGUCGCUCCUUGCAUGCCAAUUGUGUAAAAGUAUGUAAUACGGAUGUUGUGGACGCUCUAGAGGUCACAAUUUUUAUCCGAAUUUUAUGAAACUUAAAACAUAUCUUUAUAUCCCAAAGAUCUCAGUCACUUUUGAUAUUUGCGCAUUUCAGACCAUAUUACCAAAGAUCUUAGUUGCUGUCCAUAUUCGUGCAUUUCAGAUCCUAACUCUGGAUUCUGGACCCUGAUUUUGCAAAAUGUGGACGUAUCUUGCCUGGUAACCCCUAGUUCAGGUUGUUGUCAACAGGGAAUCAUUUUGUAUGACAAGUUCCCCUAAACUGAUUAACGCAAUGAUUAACUUGCAUAUAUUUAUCAACACAUGUACAUUUAUGUUAUAUAUUUAAAGGGCAAGUCUCGGAUUUCACAAAACACUGUAAAUAAUAGUCAUUUUAUCUGUUUAUCGAAACCCCAAAUUGUGAUGAAAUGGUUUAUUUACCCUGUCUGAAAAUUUCGAAUAAUCUUAUUUAGCCGUUUAGAUUUGAUUGCUAGAUUUGCUUAACCCUUAACCGGUCAUUGUCAACUAUAGUCACCACAACGUUAUACAGCUAAGUGGUCACGGUUGACUAAAGUCGACCACAACAAGAACCUUUUUUUUAUAAGCCUCAUUUGAGUAUUUAGUUUCGUAUUUAAUUGAUAUGGCCACGCAUGCGUGUCAGACAGGAAUUUGUCUAGUCAAGGGCAUUGAGAAAAACAUGUCUUUGUUCAACAUUACGAAAAACGUAAUUUAACGAUGUCGGGAACGUUAAAGACGCUCGAAGUGGUUGAAAUUCUUAUGAAAUAUUCUGACUCGAUGACACUGAUUCUGAAGACAAUAUUUCUGAUGAAAAGAAUUUAGAAUGAUUUGCAAAUUAUAGAUCAACUUAUCCCCUUCAACUUUUUUAUUGGUGUCAAGGGUCUAUCACUUAUAAUUAUUCGGCAAUAGUCAAUUGAAAUAGGCAUACAAAAUAUUUCACGUCAGCCUUUAUUUAGCCUGAUCACUUGACGUCAUGACGUCAAAAUGACGUCGACCGGUUAAGGGUUAACAAGAUUACAUAACUCAUUGAAGAAAUUUCAAUCUUCAAUUACAUGUAUGUGAUUGCCUAGACUUCACUUACCCAUGUAGCGCUACAAUUUCUGCAAGUAUAUGAAUAUGGUUAUCCAUAUCCAUACACAGCUUGGAAUUGGGGACUUAUGGCCAACCUUAAAUGGAAUUAGUAUGUUUCUCUGAAGAAAUUAAAUGGCACUAUUUAGUUUGUAUUUGGUGCAGUACCAGUAUUUAAAAUAUUGCAUUAUUAAUAACUCUGGUUAUUAGAAAAAUGUCUAUUUGUUCACCCAUGCUAUAUGCUAGUUAACACAAACAGCUAGUGAGUAUAUUUAUAGUACUGUUGGAUAUUUUGGAAUUUCACACUGUCAGUGUAAUAAACCAUUAAAUUUGUCCAGA